AUGCCUUAUAUAAAAAAAUCUACGAAUGAUCAAACAGUUGUAACGAAAAAUGUGCCUGUAAAAAAUGGUCGUAUUGAAAAGAAUAAACAACUUUCAGAAAAGAAUACUCACAAGGCACAGAAUAAUAAAAAAUUUACAAAUGAUUUUAAUAGAACUCAUAGACAAACCAAUAAAAUCAAAACCUUGGAAGCUCUAAUAUCUGAAAACAUAAAGGUUAAAUCUGAUCUUGAUAAAAAAUAUAAAGAAUUAGAGAUGUUGAAUAAUAGUAUUAAAAAUGAACGUGAUGAAUUAACCAGUCUUAAUACCACCAAAGAAACGAUUGUCAAUGAAUUAAAGAUGAAGAAAACAAAGAUUGCAGAACAAGAAAAAUUAGUCGAAAGGUUGAAUGCAGAAUUUUUGGAAAUUGAUAAUAUUCGUCGUUAUUUACAUAAUGAUAUUCAAGAUUUGAAAGGAAAUAUUCGAGUAUUUUGUAGAGUCCGUCCACAAACAUUCACAGAAAUAGAUGAACCUCUUGCUGAAAUCAUAUAUCCAAAUAAUAGUGGAAAUAAAAAAAUUGUGAUUUGUUCAAUUAUAAAAAAUUAUCGUAGUAUAAAUAGAAAUAUCAUCAAGGAAUAUGAAUUUGAUCAUGUUUUCAGACCUGAAAGUACUCAAGAACAAGUAUAUAAUGAGCUUGCACAUGUAGUUCAAUCAGUGGUUGAUGGAUAUAAUUGUUGUAUAUUUGCUUAUGGACAAACUGGUGCAGGAAAAACUUAUACAAUGCAAGGUUCAGAUGCUUCUCCUGAAACAGAAGGGAUGAUCACCAGGGCAUUUAGACAUGUCUUUAAUCUUGUUAAUGGUUUGAAAGUUCAGGGUUGGACUUAUACAAUCGAAGGCCAAUUUAUUGAAAUAUAUAAUGAUCAAGUUUAUGAUUUACUUCAAAUGUCACGUGGAAAUGUCAAAAUUACACAUGACACUGAGAAAGGUUCAACUAGAAUUACUAAUGUCAAAACAGUAAAUCUUGAGUCACCAAAUCUUGUCAACCAAGUGCUUAAAUCAGCGACAAAGAAUCGAUCAGUUGCUUCUACAAAAAUGAAUGAUAAAUCUUCAAGAAGUCAUAGCAUAUUUAUGAUUCAUAUUACAGGCACAAAUUCAAAUACAAAAGAAAAAAGAUUGGGUUCAUUGAAUCUUAUUGAUUUAGCAGGCUCUGAGAAAAUAUCAACAUUUGGAUCUUUAGCGGGGGAUCUUCAAACUGAAACAAUACAAAUUAAUAAAAGUUUAAGUAGUUUGAAAACCGUUAUAAAAAAUAUCAAGGAUGGAAAUCAUAUCAAUUAUCGUGAUUCAGCUUUAACAUAUGUAUUGAUGUUAGUUAAUAUUUCUCCAAUAAGAUCAUCACAAGCAGAAACUGAAAACAGUUUGGAGUUUGGUCGUGUUGCUAAAGCUACUCACACUGGCAUUGCAAAGAAGGUUAAAGCUUAG